GCGCAGAGAGGCCGGGAGCAGAACCAGGAGCCUCAGCGCGAGGGUCCCCUGCCAGUCUCCACGCUUUGCGGCUUUUUGGGCGCUGGCAAAACGACCCUGCUGAAGCACAUCCUGGAGAAGAAGCACCAGAAUGGUGACUUCAAGUGUGCGGUGAUUGUCAACGACAUGGCCGAGGUGAACAUCGACAAGGCACUGAUUGACCAGACGGCUCUGCUUCAAAGCGACGAGGUCGUCGCCAUGCAGAACGGCUGCGUAUGCUGCACCCUAAAGGAUGACCUGGCACAUCAGAUCCUUGGGCUCGCCAGGGGAGGAUCCUUCGACUACAUGAUUAUCGAGGCAUCGGGAGUGUCGGAGCCUUCGCAGAUCGCGCGGAUCUUCGCCGACGACCCCGAAGGCCACAUCCCCGAAGGUCUGAACGAGGUAGCACGACUGGAUACAUGCGUGACCGUCGUCGACUGUGGGGACUUCUUCGCCAACCUGGAAGGGGUCAAAAAGGGUCCCAAGAACGAAAGCUUCCCGCAGCUCCUUGCGGAACAGAUCGAGUACGCGAACGUCGUCGUCCUGAACAAGACGGACCUUGUUAGCAAAUCGCAGUUGCAGGACAUCAGCGACCAGGUGAAGAUCCUGAAUCCGAAAGCACGGGUACUCCAAGCUCGGCAGAGCCGGAUCGAUGUGAUGCAGGUGGUCGACACCAAGCUCUACAAGCCGGAGGAUUUCCAGGGCUGGAAGACACAUGGACUGGCGGAAGCUGAGAAUGACAAGGGUGACGCUGGCGAAACCUGGAUGGCCUCUUGCUGCCUUCAGAAGGCGCAGAAGGGAGAGGCCUUUUGCUGCGCACCGUUGAAGCGGCAGCCGAGCACCAAAAGCAGAGGUAUCUCCGAUGUCAUUCUGGCUCCUGCAGCGCGACAGACCCGACACGAGAUCCGAUUCGGCAUCACGUCCUUUCUGUACCGUGCUCGCCGGCCUUUCCACCCCGUCCGGUUUGACGAAACCUUUGUCGGGAAGUUCUUUGUCCUUCACGAGACCGACGCGGAAAACGAGGCCCACAGCGAGGCGGCAAUACGGCGAAGUCAAGCAGAAGCUUCCAAGAAAAAGCGGCUUCGUGAGGAGACCUUCGGUGGCCUCCUCCGGAGCAAAGGAUUCUUGUGGCUGGCGAACCGGCACGACCUCAUGGGCAUCUUCAGUCAGGCCGGCAACAUGCUCACGAUCCAGUUUCCAGAACGCUGGCUGACUCUCCAAUCCGCGGCCUGGGGCGGCUCCGAAGCGGAGCGUGCCACAGUCUGCAAAGACUUUCAUCCUCCCUUCGGAGACCGGAGACAGGACAUGGUCUUCAUCGGGAAGGACCUUAAGCACGAGAAGGUCCAGCAGAUCCUGGACAGCUGUCUUCUGACAGAUGAGGAGAUGGCUAUGGGCAUAGAUGGCUGGAAGGCGACGAUGGGCGACGUGUUCUUAGAUGCCAGCGACGACGAGAAUUGA